AUGGAUCUAAUACUGACACUGCUGAGUCUGAGCCUGGUCUGCCCUGGGCUCGGGGAGAGCUCUUACUCAGUGGUCAGCUCCUCUGUGAUCGACCCGGAUGUGCUGUACCCAGUGCUGGUCGUGAACCUUCGGGUCCAGACUGUGGACUUCAAUCUGAAGAUCUUCUUGGACCAGGAUCCAGACCAGGUCUUAAGCUCGGCUUCUGCUCUGGUCCAAGGUGACGAUGAAGAGGUUCUGCAUCUGCCAACGUUCAACUCUUCAUCUUUGGAUGGAGACUCCAUUUUGUGGCUUUCGGUACAAGGCAGAGUCCCGUCUUCAGACCAAGUCCUGGUUUAUAACCAGACCAGACUCAAACUCAAACCCCAGAGCCAGACCACACUAAUCCAGACUGACUGCAGCCACUACAGACCCGGAGGCAAGGUCAAGAUCCGAGUCCUGUCUCUGAGACCAGACCUGACUGGACUUGAAGCUACAAAGAACCUGAUCAUCAAGGAUCCUGGAGGACACAUCAUCCGACAGUGGGAUUCCAUAAACGGUUCUCUUGGAAUCUCAUCCCUCGUGUUUCAACUUUCUCAAAGUCCUCCUCUGGGAAAGUGGACCAUCACAGCCACCGUACAGGGCGUGUCCACAGAGAAGCACUUCAGUGUGGAGAUUGUUAAUUUGCCAAAGUUUAAAGUGGAAAUCAGCGUCCCCAAAAGGAUUUACUACAAGGACAAUUUACAUUUUCAUGGCAAGUCUGUGGUGGGAACUCUGCGGCUGAGCUUCACGCAUCGCUCACACGGCCGCGAGAAGACCUUUGAGAAGACCAGCUGGUUUGAUGGACACCACAAGUUUCAUUAUGACGUUGAUCAAACGGACAUCAACAAGAGAAUGGUUUUCACUCAUGAUUAUGAAGAGGAAUCCAUAAAGAUACAAGCGACAGUCACAGAGUCCAUGACAGGUCUUCAGUACAACUCUUCGAUGAGGGUGGAUUUGGUCAAACAUCUGUAUGAACUGUCUUUUGUGGGACACAGAAACACGAUACGACCAGGAUCCACCUUUAGCACUCUGCUGAAGGUGGUGAGGUUCGAUGGAGCUCCUCCUCAUGAGUCAGAUCUCACAGUGGAAGUGACGGUUCUGCAGCAGCGAUCCAGGCCGUGGACCGGGAUCCAAGACCGCAACCCAGACCAUCACCCAGGCCAAGACCCGGACCAUCUCUCAGACCAGGACUCAAAGGAGGACUGGGACCAGGAGUCUCCCGUGUCCCAGAACCUGGAGCUGCCUGUUCCUCAUGACGGGAUCAUCCCUCUGUCCAUCGAGCUCAGAGACGACACACACUCUCUGAUCAUCGACAUGUCUCUUCAGGACAGUUACUCCACUCUGAUGAUCCACAGCUCUUACACGUCUCCAACAGGAUCCUACAUACAGAUCCACCCCCCCCACUCACCCCCACAGGCCGGUUCCUCUGUAACCCUGAACAUCUGGAGCAGCUUUCACCUUCGCAAAUACAACUAUGUGGUGAUGUCCCAGGGUUGUGUGGUCUCUGCUGGGUCUACCUCUGGAGACCUGGUCUUGGACUUGAACUCAGCCUGGACUCGGUCUGUCUUUGUCCUGGUCUUCAUUGUUUUACCAGACGGAGAGAUCGUUACUGAUCGAGUACAGCUAAAUGUCCAGCAUCAACUCAGAAACCAUGUGUCUCUGAGGUGGAGCGCUAACACACUGAAGCCACACGAGGGCGCCACUCUCACCGCCACCGUCUCCGAGCCGCACUCACUGGUCGCCAUCAGUGUGGUUGACAUGGCAACAAUAAGAGACUCUGCUCACAAUGAUAUCACCGAGCACCAGUUGCUGAUGUCGUUUCACAAGGAUCAGACUCUGAAGAAACAACAGAUGGAUCCACACACACUGUUCACGGAGUGUGGUCUACUGGUUCUGACUGACGCCUCGUUUUCUCCGGAGCCGAUUCCCAUCACACAUUUUUUACCAGGGGGGCACCCAGACUUUGUGCUCUUGGCCGAAGCGGACCAGAUCAAUCCAGACCAGGGCCAAGUCCACAUGAGAACUGAGUUCCCAGAGACCUGGAUCUGGACAGACCUCCACACUGGAGACCAGACCUCGGCUGAAGUCUCGGCUCAGACCCCUGACACCAUCACAUCUUGGGUCGCCUCGGCCUUCGUCAUGUCUCCGACUCUGGGAAUCGGAUUUGUGGAUAUCCCCAUCAAACUCACAGUGUUCCAGGAUUUCUUCAUUUCUCUGAAUCUUCCGGCGUUCGCUGUGAGAGGGGAGGAGCUUCUGCUGGAGAUCCAUCUGUACAACUACAAGCACCAGGACCUCACAGUGGAGGUGGUGGUCUCUGGGGACCUCCUCAUCCUGGGAGGAGGUGGGACUCAUACUGUGAAGGUGAAACAUGGAGGAGCUGCUCUGGUCCAGGUCCCUGUGAUGUUCUCCUCCACAUCUGACCAGAGAGUGUUAGUGAGCGCCUCCUCUCCAGGAGCCCAAGACACUGUUGAGAGGAGGAUCUACGUCAAGCAUGAAGGCGUACCCAGGAGUUACUCAGAGUCCAGACUGCUCCUCCUCUCUCAGCUGCAGAAGGAGGUGAAGGAGGCGAUUCUCUACGAGGUCCCGGAACACGCUGUGAUUGACAGCUGCAACAUAGAAGUCAGCGCUGUUGGAGAACUCCUUGCCUUCUCCCUGGACUCCCUGGACUCCCUGGUCCAGAUGCCGUCAGGAUGUGGGGAGCAGAAUAUGAUCCACUUCGCUCCCAUGGUUUAUGUUCUGCAGUAUCUGAAGUCCAUCGGAGAGACCAGCGGAGAGCGAGUCCAGAAGAUCAAACACCUCCUGACCACAGGGUAUGAGAAGCAGCUUUCCUUCCUGCGCAGAGACGGAGCCUUCAGCGCGUUUGGAGACAGCGACCCAUCCGGGAGCACCUGGUUGAGUGCCUUCGUCCUGCGGGUCUUCGUUGCGGCUCAGCCCUUCUUCCCGGUGGGACCUGAGGUGGUUCAGACGGUGGGGGCCUGGCUGAUGCAGCAGCAGCGGCGAGAUGGUCACUUCGCUGAGGCAGGACGGGUCAUACACUCUGAGAUGACCCUCAACUGCAGGUGA